UCCAUUUUUGAGCGUAUAAUUAAGAAAAACCUAUGGCCUUGGCAGCUGCUCUCCUCAUUCUCCUGCUUGCCUCACCGGCAGUCUAUGCCGCAGAUCAUACCGUCGGGGGCAGCAACGGCUGGUCCCAGACCGGAGAUUACACUACUUGGGCUAAGUCUCAAACAUUUAUUGUUGGAGAUAACCUUGUGUUCAAUUAUGAUAGCACCCACAGUGUGGACGAAGUGAGUCAAAGUGACUACACAAAUUGCAAAACUUCAAGCCCAAUUAAAUCCUACACCGGAGGCUCAACCACCAUCAGCUUGACUACUGCUGGUCCAAUGUACUUCAUAUGCCCAACAUUUGGUCAUUGUCAAGGGGGCAUGAAAUUAGCCAUCACCGUAGGGGCCAGUAGCCCCAGCCCUGGUGGCACACCACCCGCCACCUCAUCACCGCCUUCCAGCUCAUCCUCUCCGCCACCCCCCACCACCUCCACGACCUCAUCACCACCGCCGCCACCUCCGUCUAGCGGAGCCACCGGUGAUUUUGGUAACUCGAAUGUUUUGAUGCUAGUGUUGGCGCUUGUUUUGGUGGGCCUCCAUGCAUACAUGGGCUAGGCAAGAGGCAGUGCUAUACAUUGUUCUUGUUUUACUCGAGUUGUGUGGUUUGUGAUUAUGAGUUGUAGUUUUACACUUC